UAUUGAUCGAAAUCUCACCCAAUAUUGCCAUGUCGAGCAGGUCAGGCAGGACAAGAUCCAGUGCGGCCAGUGCAACCCGAGAAAUCACUCGCCUGCUCGCAAGCGACAACCCUUCACGUCACGACUGUCUUUUCGCCCAGCUCCAUCUCAUCUACGCCUGGCUCCUCUCCACCUCUCGCGCACACCCGCGCACCAUGCUCCCCUCGCGGCCAUGGCUCGGGCUGAUACUCUUGUUGUCGGCCUUGUCGCUGCUCGCCGUCGCUGCAGCCCAAGACGCCACCCUCGCCAUCACGUCGCCCAACGCCUCGAGCGUGUGGUCGACCACCGGCGCGCAGAUCAUCACCUACAGCGGCAUACCCCCCGACACGGACGUGCGCGCAAACGCCACACUCUCCCUCGUGCGCAUCGGCAGCGCGUACACCAACGCGACGCCAUACCCCCUCCGGUCGGGCGACUGGGACGUGUACGACGGCGCCGUGGUGGUCGACACGACGCGGAUCGGCAUCGGCGCGAGCCCGCUCACGAGCGGCGCGCUCCAGCCGGCCCAGGUGGGCGGGUUCCGCCCCGGCGGAGGAUACCAGGUCCUCCUUGAGCUCGGCGGGCAGCGCGCGCUGUCCGCCCCGUUCCUCAUCGACAGCACGGGGACGAGCUGGAACAUGCGUGUCGGGCUGCCCCGCCUCGGCGCGCGGUGGGACGUCACGGGCCCGAUCACGGUCGAGGUGGUGAUUUCCCAAGCAGCAAAUAUCACAGUCACAACGGCCCUAGGCAUCAGCGGCGCAGAGCACUGGUUCCACCCGCUCCCGAACUGGCCGCCAAAUGCCAUGUCGCUGCUCGACGUGAGCGGCAGCUGGAACCGCACGCGCACAAUCACGUGGAACAUUACCGCCGACUGGCUGCGCGCAUACACGGCCGCCAACAGCCAGGGCGGGGUAAGCCAGCAGGCGACCCAUGUGGCGCUGUACAACGCCCGCCGCGGGCUCGAGGGGGAUAAGUGGUCCGAUAGCGCCCAGGAGAUGAACGCCAGCCUCGUCAGCCGGACGGUCGGGAACGCGACGCGGCUUGGCCAGAGCGUCGAGUUCUUAGUCAUCAACGGCGCCAGCAAGCUCAGCGUCUCCUGCACCGCUGUGAUCGCCGCUAUGGUGAUCACGGCUGUCACCACACUGGCAUGACCCUGGCAGUGGCCGUGCACGACCCCGCCACCUCAUCACAUCCUCGCACUGGUUUCUUGUCCCGCCCUCUUCACGCCGGCUCCACCACGUCAAC